UUCAAAGUCGGGCCUCGCUCCCUCGCUUGCGGUGGCGUGCUCGCGGCAAGAUGGGGAAGCGUCUGGUAAGAGCGAGACAGAUUCAUGUCGUCAGCUGCUUUAAUUAAGCCAUGACCAUCGUAAGUCGCUAAUUCUUGAUACUUCUUUGCCACCUAUCCUCAGUAUCCACCACUGACGGACAAGAGGCGUGAAAAUGCCCAGUUUAGCGAAGCUUGUCAGAUAGCUGCCACUUCGAAUGCUGCAAAUCUGCAGUCCUGUGUCCUUUUAGAUCUCGCUGCUACACUCCUCGCUCGGGCUCAGCGGUCCAGAUUUCUCCCGUCUGGAGGUCCAGGCCCGGGCACGGGCCUGGCUCCUGGCUUCUGGCACAGCUAGCGCGCGUGAGCUAGCGUCACAGCAUGUACACUCUGCGCGUCGUGGCGUCAGAGCGGCGCAUGUCGCAGGUGGCGCUGCCCUCGGCGAUGGGGUCGCGCGGCGACGGGCAUCCGCCCCGCGACGCCGGGGACGACAGCGAUAGCGAUAGCGAGGGCGAACUGCUCGGUCUCGACCUCGAUAAUGAUAGCGAGGCCAUUGAAUUCACGGCCGGCAAUCCGCGCGUGGAGCACAUAACGGGCGUGGUGCAUCUGUUCCGGCCCACGCCUGGUCGCCUUCCUGCCAACGCACCGCCUCCGCCCACACCUCCGCCCGGCUUUGGCCACGUCACGCCAACGCACGCGGGCGGCGGCAAGGGAGUGGCAGCAGCCAUGGCCACGGCGGCGCUUGCAGGAAAAGCCGGCAGCGCCACGGCACCUGCCGCCACAUGGGCCUCGCUCUUGGCACCUCCGCCAACAGCCCCUGCCGGCAACCCUGCCGGCGCCGGCACGCCCGCACCGGAGGCGGCGCUGUCACAAGCUGCUCAAGCGCGCAGCGCACAAACGCCUCCAGCACAGCAGGCGCGGGGCGCAGUCGGAUCAGUCGGCGCGGUCACGAGCGCAGGCGCGGGCGGCGGCGGUGGCGGUGAGCGCUGCACCGAGCUGUGCUGCCUGGCGCUCCCCUCCGAUAUGACCAUCGCCGACUUCUGCACCUUUCUGGGAGCGCACCUGCUGCGGCUGCGGCGCAUGCGCGUGCUGAGGCGACAGGUGGGCAGCGUGGGGCAUGCGGCUGCGGCGGCGGCCAUGACGGCGGCAUCAGCAGUGGCGGCAUCAACAGGAGCAGCAGCAGCGGCAGCAGCGGCAGCGCCGUCGACGGCGUCGACGGCUGCAGAGGGUGCAGAGGCGGCGCCGGCGCGGGCUGGAGGGCGGGCCGGGAUGGCAGCGCCGGUGGCCGCCGCGGCGCCGGAGGGGCCAACGCCAGCGCGCCACACAUCGGCUGCCGCUUCGCCUGCCGGUGCCGGUGCCGAUGCCAGCGCUGGUGCUGGCGCUGGUGCUACUGCUGCCGCUGCCGCCGCCCCAACCAGCAGGGGCUCGGGUUCCGCCGCACCCACCGCAGCCGCCGCCGCCACAGCCGCAGCCCAACAGCAUGGCAAGACCAUCCCUACCUCGCCCAGCUCGCCUAGCAGUGAGAUCACGGCGGCUGCGCCACCCGACAACACGCCGACGCCGCCGACGCCACCUGCGCACACCACGCAACAGUCGCAGUCGCAGCCGCCGCACCCGCACGGCCAGCAACACGAACACCACGGCGACCACAACCCCCACGGCGGUCACAACCACGGCGGUCACAGCCACCAGCCUCACCAAGCACGGCCGCCCAGCCAGCGUGUGGUCUGCAUGGUGGUGAUGCGAAUGGAGAGCCCAGAGGCCGCGGAUGAGCUUUACAACGACCUCAACGGAAAACCGUUCAGUUCGUUGGAGCCCGACAUCGUCUGCCGCCUCGUCCACGUGCGCGCGGUUGAGGUCACCAGUGGCGGCGCCGCCGCGGCGGCGGCGCUCGCCGCCAAGCCGCCGGGACUGCCGGAACAGCCGGCGGCGGCGGCGCCAGCCGCCGCCGCAGGCGACGCCGUCGCCGCGCCGGCGGCGCCGACGGCGGUGGCGGCGCACGUGCCGCCGCCGGGCCAGACGGAGCUGCCCACGUGUCCGGUGUGUCUGGAGCGCCUGGACGAGCACGUGAGCGGCAUCGUGACCACGGUGUGUACGCACAUGUUCCACAGCGAGUGCCUGCAGAAGUGGGCCGACUCCACGUGCCCCGUGUGCAGGUACUGCGUGCAGGGCGCCGCCAGCACCAGCCGCUGCGGCGUGUGCGCCACGUGUGUGGACCUGUGGAUUUGCCUCAUAUGCGGACACGUGGGCUGCGGCCGGUACCGCGCAGGUCACGCCGCGGACCACUGGCGCACCAGCGGCCACUGCUACGCCCUGGAGCUGGACAGCCAGCGCGUGUGGGACUACGUGGGCGACAACUACGUGCACCGCCUCAUACAGUCAAAAACCGACGGCAAGCUAGUGGAGCUUGCAGCGCCCGCGGGCGCCGUCACCUCGCCACACGCCGGCAUGCGUGGCGGCGGCGGUCAUUUUCACGGCGGCGGCGCCGCGGCCGCGGCAGGCGGCGGCGGCGGCCUGCCCUGCACGCCCGCCGGCGGCGCCGCCGGCGGCGGCGCGGCGGCUCACCGCGGCCAUGGUCACUCCUCUGACGGCGACAUCUGCGGUGCAUCGUGUGGGGCGGGUGGCGGCGGCGGCGGCGCGCGCGGUGACGACUGCGGUCCGGGUGGCGGCGGCGGUGGUGGCGCCGGCGGGCGGUAUGCAGGCGCGUACGGCGGCGGGCGGUACGACGGUGGCGCAGGUGGCAGCGGGGGCGGCGGCAUGCCGGGCUGGAGCUCGGCGGAUGAGGAGCUAAAGGAAGCCCUGAUGGCCUCCAAGCUGGACGCCAUCGCCGCCGAGUACAACCACCUGUUGGCCAGUCAGCUGGACAGCCAGCGACAGUACUUUGAGGGCCUGGUGGCGCAGGCAACGUUGACGGCGGACCACCGCUGCGCUCAGGCCGGCGCCGCCGCCGACAAGGCCGCAGCCGAGGCAGAGGCAGCGCACGCGGCCGCGCGCGAGGAGGCCCGGCGGCGCGGUGCGGCGGAACGCAAGGCGGCUGAGACGACCGAGGCGCUCAGAGCUGUGCGGCAGGAGGCGGAGUUCCUGCGCUCUCUGAAUGAGACGCUGCUGGCCAACCAACGUGACUUCAAGUCGCAGCUGGCGGAGCAGCGCGGCCGGGCGGACGCGGCGGAGGCAGCGGUCAAGGAGCUGCAGGAGCAGGUCCGCGACCUGGCCUUCUUCAUUGAGGCUCAGCGCACAAUCAACGAGGCCGCGGGGGCGGGCGCGAGCGAGCUGCGGGAGGGAACCGUGCUGCCGCUGCCGGAGAAGCAGGGAGGCCGCAGCAGCGGUCGUGGCGGCGGCGGAGGCGGCAGCAGCCGCAGCGGCAAGCCCGGUGGCGGCGGAGGUGGAGGUGGAAGCGGCUCGGGUGCCAGUGCGUCGCGAGGGGGCGGCACGAGCAAGUGAACUGCAGGAGCAUCGGGUUGGACGAUGGGACCCGAGCGGCGUGGACUGCUUGGCCUGGCUGUUGGGGUUACGAAGAGGAACAGGUAAGCAGCAACGGCGCUUGGCGUAGCUUGGCGUAGCUUGGCGUAGCCCACAUGUUGGCGCACAACGUUGCACAGGCAGGGCGGCGAUGUGCAGCAAGCCAGAUGCAUGCGUGCAUUGUGCCAUUGUGUGGUGGGUGAAAGGUCGUAAAGACUUCUGGUGCGUCACAUGCGGUUUUGCAGUCGGGCGGUGGUGGCCGGCUGCGAGUGAGGAUGCAUCAGGGCGGCCAAGCUAGCUCGUCAGGCCCAACAGGCCCACCCAUGCGAACAAGACUUUGAAGGGCCGGACUCUCUGCCUGUAAUACGGCAUACCU